CACCAUUGUUUGUGAACUUCACAGAGAGGACUUCCACUUUCCAGCAUCAUGUUUGGGCUGCAUACCAUCAGUGCGCGCUGCGUGAACGGCGGCAGCAGAAGCAAAACCAUUACAUCCACGUUUCUAGCUUUUUCUUGGAAUGUUUUUUCUUCCUCGUGUCUAAUUAUGGAGUUUUUUUUUUAAUACAACCUGAGGAUAUUGGUGAUUUUGCCAUGUAAUUUGAUUGGAUUUUUUUCUGUUCGAGGCAAGGGUUUUAGCUUUUUACGCACAUUUUACGCACACGGACUCACUUUGCUAAGCAUGGCGGAAGAAAUCCACAGCGACUCCUUUCCAGAUUUGAACGAGUUGGAGAACAAGAUUGGAAGGAAAACACCCGACAGUCUCCUGGUUUGGAUGAGGGAAGACUGCGAGCAGGGAUGGAGAUCUGACCAUUUGGCCAAAGGAAGCGACUCAACCCUCUGCCACGACUUAACUGAGAAAAUAACCAACUUAAAACAAGAGCUGAGGUGGCUCCGCUCAACCGAUGUGAAGAUCCUGAAGCAGUUGGUGGCGGUCCACGAGGGCAUCGAGGCCAUGCGCUGGCUCAUGGAGGAGAGGGGCACCUCAACCAGUCGUCGCAGCAGCCUCACAGGAAGCCUGAGCAGCCUGGCAACGGUGGAGGAGCACGGGUUCUCCAUGUCUCCCUUAAGCGAUUGUUUCAGAGACAGUGCCUUGUUCCCCGAGGAUUUGUUUAAAACCUGGAGCGAGAAACCAGCUGAUCCACCACACGCCAAGAGUGCUGAUCCAAACCACUUGGAGCUCAGCACAAUGGACAUAAGACCUUCAAGUCUACCUGCCCCUAAAUCUACAGUCACUCAUUCUGCAUUUGGACGUCCCGAUCCGUCAUCAGUUACACAUUCAAACUGUUUGGCUCAACCCAACCUUUGGGCAGGGGAGCCAAAAAAGAUUAAAGGUAAUGCAGAGACAAUCAGAAGAGCUCUGCAGAGGUCAAGCAGAACACGGAAAGAGCUAAAAGCAGAUUUAUUUGGUCCAAGUCAACAAUCAGGAGCCAAAAACCCAGUCAAUUCAACAGUGGAAACACUCACAGAGGGUCAUACCAAAGGUCACAAGGAGAGCUCCGCUAUUGCUGAAAAUGUCCUACCAGGCUAUGAUACUCAGUGGUGUUGGGUGGAGUCUCAGGAUGAUGUCACAUUUUUAUGAUUUUAUCAAUACAAUUUAAGCAAUCUUUGUUUUAAAGUUUUCCAAUUUAAAAGGAAAUUUCCAGGAAUACAGAGGUACAUGAACUAUGAUACUGAGAGUGUGGAGUUACAAAGAAAGUGAUUCUCACCUGUCUACCAGCUUGUGUCUGUCUUAUGUGUUUCUCUUUAUAACACAGGAAUCAAGAAAGAAUAUUAAGGACAAUUGUUAUUUAAUUCUCUGUAAAUUAAAAUGAUCAUGCAGCUUAAAAAAAAUUAAAACUCAAACAGUACUGUCAAAUAUUAUCUUUAUAUACUGAUUUUUUUUAAGUUUUUUUCUGCCUUGUUUUGAAAGGUUUUCUGUUUCUCUUUAAAAUAAAGAAAGAAAUAAAAUUUGAAUUUCAGACAUUAAUAUGAAGACACUGAAUAGUGUCAACUUUCUGAGGAUGCCAAACCACAAUGAAGCAUGCUUUUAUUUUGUAUUAAAGGAAAUUUACAAACAAAGUUGACGUGUGAAUUGUU